UAUUUACAUUGCUGCAACCAACUGAGCUAAGGAAAUUUCAGAUCUACAGUUCAUAUAAGUAUAGUUUUUUUACUUGAGGUUUGCAUAAUGAAAAUACCAUUCGCACUACUUGUGCUCGCUUUGGGCCUUAUAUUGAUACAAACAUCAUUUGCCAAACCAUCUGGUAAGAAAUCAGCCUCUUCUGAUUCAAAAUCAGACGAUGAAUCGGAUGCAGGUUCCUCGGAUGAAGAGGAUUCUUCAGACGAAGACUAUGAAAAUGAAGUAAAUCCAGCCAUGAGCUGUCUGCUGUUCGGCCAAGCAGGCUGUAAUACCGGAUGCGUAAUAUCAGGCGAAUUAUUCCACUUCAAAUCCAAUGGUUUCUGCGACUCGAACCAAGUCUGCAAUUGUCUCAACCAUAACGACGACUCAUUCCGCGAACUCUGGAAGAAAAUAUUCAAAUCGGAUUACGUUUAUCAUAAAAUCAACGAAGAUGACUCACUCUACAAUGAAGUUCGGGAUAUUAUAGUCGACCGUUCGUUUCUAACCAACGAAGAAUUCAAAGAGUUGCUCAAUCCAAUACUAAGUCCUUAUCAAUCUUCUAUACUCAAGACAAACGACAAGCAUCCUUCCGUUAAGUACACAAAGAAUGGAAAAUUUGAUCAAGAAGCUCUUCGGAAAUACGUCAACGAGAAACUCGAUACAACAUUGAAAUCGAAGUCGGGUGAAUCGUUGUUGAAUUCUAGGUACAAGGAGAAAUUCAGAAAGGCUUUGCAAAGUUCUGAAGAUAGCAAAGCUUCGUUGUAUAAUUACACGUUCAGAGUGAUGCAGCUGAAAAAUAAAAACUUGGAGAAUGUUUUGGAACAGUUUUUGAAGAAGAAAAAGAUAGAAAAACCCAAGGUAGAUAUUCCCAUCAAGACCAACGAUAUGAUUCAUACGAUGGUCAAUACUAUUGUGGUACAGGAGUUGAUAAAUCGAAUCGAAGAGAAAAAUAAGGGGAAAUCAUCCGCAGCUGGCAAAAAAUCACCUGCGACUCGCACCUCUGCGAAAAAAUCUCAAAUAUUUCAGUUUUGAACAUUUUAAUUUUAUGAGAAAGAAAAUGUGGGCUCUUUCUUAUCUGUCAAAUAGAUAAAAUUUUAUUUUG